AUGGGGGAGCGGCGGGCGGCGUCCCGGAGGCGGAGCCGGAAGUCGCUCUGCGCGUCCUGGAGCUGCAGCUGUUCGUCAGCCGGCCUGUGCCGCUGCGGCGUCUCCUCUUGGCCUCGGCCGCCGGCGCCCCCCCGGCUCCAGGGUCUCCAUGGCAGCGCCAGCAGCAGCCACGGCAGCUACCGCCGCCUCAUCCACGGCUUCGAGGACGUGCUGAGGCGGCGCCUCCGGGGCCGCAUGAGAGCUUCACGGUUGUCCCCAUCUCUCAGGAGUGGAGUAAUUAUCACGACUCAAAAAGUCCCCACGUCGGCAUCUGAGUCACUCCUGCUGACGCAAAAGCACAAGCAGAAAAUGAAAGGGGAUACCGUGAAUGUGCGCCGCAGUGUCCGAGUCAGAACCAAAGUCCCCUGGAUGCCCCCAGGCAAAACAUCUUGCAGAGAGUCAUCAUACAAGUGGGAGGGGCCGACCCACCGCCUGGAAAUCACUCCUCCAGAUUCGGAAAAGUUACUGUCAGUGCUGCGCUUGAGUGAUCUUUCGACAGACGAGGAGGACGCCAUUCACUGCAAAAUGAACAAGUACGAGAAGAAGAUUGACAGUUUACUGAACGUGGUGGGCUCAUUGAAAAAUGAGGUCAAAAUGCCAAAGCGGGAUGACCAGCGGUGCGUGGCCAAGCGUAUCCUCGAAGAGCAGAAGGAAGAGCUGGACGACGUCACUCAGGAACUGGUGGAGACGGAACACGAGAACACCGUUCUCCGGCGAAAUAUCGAACGCAUGAAGGAGGAGAAAGACCUUAGCCUACUCCAAAAGCGGCACUUGCUGCACGAAAAAGAAUGCUUGAUGUCCAAGCUAGUGGAGGCAGAGCUGGACGGAGCGGCAGCCGCCAAACAGAUCCAGGCCCUGAAGGACACGAUCGGAAAACUAAAAUCUGAGAAGCACAUGACGGUUUCCGACAUCAACACACUGACUAGGCAGAAGGAGCUGCUGUUGCAGAAGCUGAGCACUUUCGAAGAAACCAACCGGACGCUCCGAGACCUGCUGAGAGAGCAGCACAAUCGGGAGAAAGACUCUCAAAAAUUGGCCGAGCAGCAAGCGGCACUGAUGAAAAGACUGACUGAUUCGGAUGCAGAGAAAGCGCAAUUAAUAAAGAAGCUACAAGAGAAAGAAAAAGAAGUGGAUGAUUUAAUGGUUCAGAUGCAAACGGAAAAGGACCAAGCAAAGACUGCAUCUGAACUCUCCAAAUCGAUGGAAGCGGUCAGGGGGCAUCUGCAGGCUCAGCUGCGCAAUAAGGAAGCCGAGAACCAUCGUCUGGGCAUCCAGAUCCGGAAUCUGGAGCGCGUUGCGGCUCAGCAUAAGGCCGAAGUGGAGAACAUCAUGGAGCAGCUGAAGGAGCUGAAAUCGAAGGGGGAUCGCGACAAGGAGGCCCUCAAGAACGCGAUCAAGGCGCAGAAAGAGCGAGCGGAGCGGAGCGAAGAAUAUGCCGAGCAGCUGAACAUCCAGCUAGCGGAAAAGGACACCUACGUCGCCGAAGCGUUGUCUACCUUGGAAUCUUGGAGGAGCCGCUACAACCAAGUGGUGAAAGACAAAAGCGAUCUGGAGGUUGAGAUUGUGAUUCUGAACAGCCGCAUUUCAGACCUGCUAGAGCAACAAACCACCUUGGAGGACAAGAUGCGGGAAGACCGAGACGCCUUGGUGGACAAACUGCACCGGCACGUCACGGAGAGCACCGCCUUCAAAAUCGAGAACGAGAGGCUGAAGAACAGCAUGACCCCGGUGGAAGAAAGGCUGAAUCAAGCACAGCAGGAAGUCGCCAAGCUCAAGGCGUCCCUGAAGAGCUACGAAGGGCUGAUAGAAACCUACAAGAAUCAAGUAUUGAAAACCCGAAUGGAAGCUGAUGAGGUGACACUGAAGCUGGAACUUUGUGACAAAGAGAACAAAGCACUAAAAGAAGAAAUGAACAAAGAGAUUGAAAAUGCUCGUAAGCAGUUCCAGAACCAGGUAGCAGAGUUAGAAAAGCUUCCCGAGAUCCUAAAGAUCACCGAAUCGAAACUGGCUGAGUGUCAGGAUCAGCUCAAGAGUUACGAAAAGAAGAACAUGGACCUGUCAGCCAUGAUCACGGACCUCCGUCAGCGGGUUGAGCUCCAGGGAGACAAGAUGGAGAUGACGAGGGAGAAGUAUCAGUCAGCCCAGGAAGAGAACAAGCAGUUGAUCCUCAAGCUGGAAGAAGUGGAGAGGAAGCUGGAAGCCACUAGCGGACAGAACAUCGAAUUCCUCCAGGUCAUAGCCAAGCGGGAGGAGUCGAUCCAUCAGGCCCAGCUGCGCCUGGAGGAGAAGACCCGGGAGUGCAGCUCCUUAGCACGCCAGCUGGAGAUGGCCAUUGAGGAUACCAAGAGGCAGCUGGAACAAGCAAGGGACCGAGCUGCCGCGAGGGAAAGAGCAUCGCAGUCCAAGAUCCUGGAUUUGGAGACCCAGCUGAGCAGGGUCAAGUCUGAACUGAACCAAACGCGGCGGAGCAAAGAUGACGCAGAGCGUCGGUAUCAAAGCCGCCUCCAGGACCUGAAAGACCGCCUCGAACAGUCAGAGAGCACCAACCGCAGCAUGCAAAACUACGUCCAGUUCCUCAAAUCCUCUUACGCCAACGUCUUUGGAGACAGUGCCUUGUCAACCUCCCCCAUCCGCCCUCGGUCUCCUCUGUGAUCGAACCUUCCCGCUUAACGCCUGAGCCUCUCUUGCUAGAGGCCUGGCUGGGUGAACCUAUUUCAAAGCCAUAACAGAUUCAGGAAUCUGUGUAGCUCAGGUCUGCAUCCUGUUCUUAGAGGGAACGAUGCGUCUUCCACUUGGAGCAGGAAGCACGAUGCAUCGAGACUGGGAAGCAUGGAGCACACUAACCCCUCCUCAAUCUUCGAGUGCCUUACACAGGUUACAGGUUUUUCCCCCCAAGUAACCUGCCAACUUGUAUCUCUGUAUUUUUAUUAAUGUUUCGUGAAUGCUUCCCGUUACAAUUCCUCAAAUUUCAAAGAUCAUGUGUAUGAGAUGCAGAGCGAAGGGGAUUUUCAGUCAGCCACCGGAAGAGUGGUGAACACAUGAAAGGCUGUGUCUGCUAGCAACACACCUUAGGGCCAAAACGCAUGGACCGGGUUUGCACGAUCGCGGCCAGAGAAAUAUGCCAUGAUGGAUUAUUUGCCCCACCGUGUGUGCCGGUCGGCUUUUGAAUAUUCAAGCCAGGGUUGCAGCUUGUCCUUUCGUGUGAAACCGAUGAAGGUGGGUUGUUGGCAUGGUAAAUAAACAAGCCACGACCCUAAAAAAGCAGGCGACAGCAGUCGCAGCUUGAAUAUUCAAAAUGCCCGCAUGCACAACACGAGAGGCCCUGCAGGUAAAAGAAACCACAGUGCGCUGUUGCGACGUCUGAACAGGCCCAUGAAGUGUGAACACCAUUCCAUUUCCUUCUCCUUCCUUGUUCUAGCUGUUUCAGGAGGCGGUGUCGGUUCAAAUGUGUAAUGAUAACAGUUGUAAGGGACAAAUCGCUGCAGUGUUCCCUGCCCGUUGAGGAAGGGUAUUUCGCACUGCUUGUUCCUUAGGAAGAGGCUCCUGCAACCUACAUUUAUAGAUCCACAUUCUCUUCACCGUUCACCCUUUCCUUAUGUGUCCCUUUGGGUUGAGCAGUGACAUUUUGUUUGUCAAAUAGCCAUCUAACCAUUUUGUUUUUCAUUGGGUGUGCGUGUGUCUGUGUGAUCUCUACAUUUCACUAUAUUCUCUCCGUUCCUGCUUCAGAGUGGCACGUGCUGAUAUCCCCACCCCCCACUUUUAAAUUGGGUGGGUGGGGGCUUUGUUCUAAGGCCACUGCUGGGUUGUUUGAACACUCUCUCCUGACCUCUGAUGUUCUUCUGUAAAGCCACACAAAAAUAACACUUUUGUCUUCCCAUGUAUUUAUGCUUUAUCACCUUCUGUUCCUGAAUAGGUGGCAAUGCGUUUGGUGAUGGAGAAAAUUGGCCAACUGGGUUGCUGUUUUCAAUUUUUUAAAUAUUUAUGUAUAAGGCCAUCACAUCUGAAUUGAUUUUUUUAAAAAUACUUGAGUUAACGUGUGACUUUUUACAAAAUUGAAAAGGUGCUAUGGUAAAGCUUCCUCCCCCGCUCAAAUAUAGCAGGUUUUAUUAAUGUGA